CUGGCUAUCUCUGCAAAUGCAUGCGUACCUCUUUGCUCGCCCUUUUCUCAUUGUUGUUUGCUUCUGCUUGUUGGCAUCUUUGCAAGUAGGGAACAUCCGGCAAAUUGAGGACGAACAUAAGACACUUAUGCACACUAAGCCUCCGUACUCAAGCAUUGAUCAGAUAAAGCUCAUUGCAGGAGAAACGAAAGAGACACCUUCAUCCUCAUCUCUGAACCACACCCUCUAUUUCUCCUUACACCAAUCCUAGGUUAAACACGUUCUAGCAGAACAAACUGCACUCACUCAUCAAUAUGAACUGUUUCCGACUCCUGGUCACUGUUUUUUCCCUCAUAGAAAUAGCGUUUUCACGCGUCUUUGUUCCUGGAAGCAACCAGGGAGCGACUUCUGUCAAGGUCUAUCCAGGAACGGUCCAGAAUGGAAUCAGCCACGCUCAAUUCUCUUCCUCGACUGGCAAUGAUACGGGUCUAUUCACAGGCGUCGAUAGUCCCAAGCUCGAUUUCAUCAACAGCACUGUCACCCAGUGGUGGUAUUUCGACGCCGUCUCGACAGAUCUCUUAAAUUCCCUCACCAUCAUCUUUUUCACCUCUACUUCACUUGCGUUCCCGUUCAUAUUGCCUAGCGACUCUGUCACGGUAGCAUACGUCUGGGCGACCUUUCCCAAUGGGACUGUGUACACGGGGUACACGACUGCCAGUUUUGCGACAAUCACCACCAUUGGAGAUGGAUCUAGUGGGAGCUGGGAGUCGACCGGUUUCAGAUGGGAUGGAGAUCCAAAGAUGCAGAAAUAUACCGUGACAAUCGAGUCGAAUGAGAUGGAUAUUAGCGGGACACUUGAGUUGGAUUCGAUCGCACCAGCGCAUUAUCCCUCUGGUCCCGUAAAUGAUAGGGAGAAACAAUCCCUGCAGAUCGCCCCUCAUAUCGGUUGGACGAAUGCUAUUCCAGAUUCAAAAGGAACGGUCAACUUCAACAUCAAGGGUACUGACCUGCAAUUUGAAGGAUCCGCAUACCACGACCAAAACUGGGCCGAUGCGCCUUUCGAAACUCUCGUCGGAACCUGGUACUGGGGCCACGGACGUGUAGGGAACUAUUCCUUGGUUUGGUUUUCGGUCAUUACUCCUUCUCAUGAGCACUACGUCAACAGCUAUGUCUCUCUGAACGGCAGGAUUCUCUGCGCAUCUAAUAGCUCUGAUCAGUUCAGUGUUAGUACUAUGGGUCCGGAUACGCGAUAUCCGCCUCGCAAGGGUGAUACUCCAGAUGGUUUCUCGAUGGACUUUGAUCUGGGGGAUGCGGAAGGUGGGAGGUUGUCUGUGAAUGUCACCACGAAGACGGUGACCGCAGAGGUGCCUACUUUGUACACCCGUUGGAUUGGAUCCGUUGAGGGUAAACUGAGUAGCCAGAGUGAGCCUUUUACAUCCGGGCCCGCAAUUCAUGAGCUGUUUACGCUCACGGACUAGGUGUACGAAGUGGGAUACAUGCAAUUGGCGCAAUAGAACUGUGGGUAAACAGGAAGAGGCAGAUUUAGAUAGUCCUGUGCUUCGAAUUUCAUACCAUGGUCAGUGUCUUGGAUGGUCAAAUCUGUACCUAGGCCAACCCGCGAUCGAACGUACGAAACGCAUCCGAUAAAUAUAUUUAGCCAGGAGUCAGACAGUGAAGAC